CAGGGAUUCGACAUCUGGGGCCGCAACAGCAGCAGCAGUGCUGCAGGAGGCGGCGGGAGCAGGCGGAGUGGGAGGCAGCAGUUGCAGGGCCGAGGCGGGUGGCGAGCCGGUUGCAGCAGCAGCCAACUACGGUGGAGCUACUGCUGCUGGUGGCCGUGUUGCUGCUGCUGGUGUUGCUGGUAGUGGUGGUGCGGCAUGUCCGCCGGGGCGGCAGGCGCAAGCGCCGCUGCAAAGGACACCAGCGCAGGAAGACGUCGUGAAAGCGGUGACCCUCAUUGGCUGGUUCUUGGAUGCCACGUCAGAUCCGGACUCCGAUUUGGAGCACUGGAAAGUGUUCUUGGAUAAGGCCAUGCGAGCCGCCGACGGCCGCAACGCCCCCAUGCGCCUUCUAGCCCUGCGGGACGGCCAUGACCGCGGCUUCGGCCUGCUCAACAUUGUCCUGCAUGAGGCCAUCACACGCCUGCAGUCGUUCCAGGCGCAGCAGGCGAAAGUGGCCGCGGCAGCGGCUGAAGCAGCCUUCAAGGCGGCAGCAGCAGCCGACAGCAGCUCUGCAGCGGAUGCAUUUGCCGCAGCGGUGGCGCAGGCAGCCAAAGCGAAAAAGGAGGCGGAUGAGGCGGCUCAGCGGCAGUCGGAGGUGUUGCAGGGCAAGGUGCUGGCGUUGUUUGGGGAGCUGGAGAGCCGGC